AUGCAAAAACAAAUUUCACAUAUUUUGGCAUCUAAAGUGAAGAGCGCAAUUCGUGAAGAAAUCGGUGAUGCAAAAUUUUGUAUAAUAGUUUAUGAGGCACGAGAUGAAUCUAAAAAGGAACAGAUGUCAAUUGCUUUGAGAUUUGUUGACAAAGAUGGCUAUGCGCAACAGCAUUCUUUUGGGCUUAUUCAUGACGAAGACUCUAUGGCUUCAACAUUGAAACAAGGUGUAUUUUCUAUCCUCUCUAAUCAUACAUUUGAUGUUCAGUCUAUCCGAGGACAAGGUUACGAUGGUGCAAGUAAUAUGUAUGGACAAUGGAAUGGCUUACAAGCUUUAAUUUCAAGUGAAUGUCCUUAUGCUUAUUAUGUUCAUUGUUUUGCACAUCGUUUGCAAUUAGCAUUAAAUAAUAACCAAUUAAAAGUUGCUCAAGCUACAAAUAUUGCUCAUUUACUUGAGAUUGAUGAGCUUGAGAGUGGGAAAGGACUCAAUCCAAUUGGUUCUUUACAAAUGGCAAGUCAUACUUGUUGGAGCUCUCACUUGAAGUCUAUUUCUAUCUUGAUAAAAAUGUUUAGUGCAACAUGUGAUGGUUUAUUGAAUAUUAUUGAAAAUGGCACUACACCUGCUCAACGAGGAGAUGCGGAUGCAGCUUAUGAGGCAGUAACUUCUUUUGAAUUUGUUUUCAUUUCGCAUCUUAUGAAAAAAGUUCUAGAGAUUUCUAAUAUGCUUUGUCAAGCUUUGCAACUUCAAUCUCAAGAUAUUUUAAAUGCAAUGCAUAUGGUUUCAUCUACUAAGAUUCUCAUUCAAAAACUAAGAGAAGAUGGAUGGGAUGAAUUAGUUAACGAGGUGAAAUAUUUUUGUGAAGCUAUUAAUAUACAUGUGCCAAAUUUUGAUGCUCAAUAUGUUGGAAGAAGAGGAAAGGCUCGUCGUCAACAAGAUGACAUUACAGUGAAGCAUUAUUUCAAAGUUUAUAUUUUUAAUACAGUGAUAGACUCUCACUUGCAAGAAAUAAACAAUAAAUUCAAUGAUGACACUGUGGAAUUACUCAUUCUUAGUUUAGCUUUAGAUCCAAUAGAGAUGCAUGUAUCAUUCAAAACAUAUGCAAGUUGGUACCAAAAAUUUACCCACAAGACUUUACAGAACAUGAGAUGA